AUGGUUUAUGUCACAUUUGUGUUCUCAGGGGUUUGAAGCCCCUUGCUGUGUCGACGUUUCCAUUUUACUGUCUUCCAGGUGUCGCUUUGGGGAUGAUUCUAAAGACCUGCGUCGUUAUGACAAACCUGGACAAAGACUUCAUCAGCAUCCUUGGGAAUUUACUCAUGCGGCUGUUGGAGAUGCUCAUGGUUCCUCUUCUCCUUACAAAUCUGGCUCGCGUAACUUGGGAUCUCAAUGUCGGCCUCUCCAAUAGAAUCGCCGUGCGCUCAGUAGUAUAUUGGGUUAUAACCACCUUUCUGGCGAUGGCUAUUGGACUGAUGUUGGUUCUGCUGGUCCAGCCGGGCGUGAGUCACAAUGCUGGUGAGACAGCUGGUGAUGAGGAGGACUUCCCCUCAUUGGAGGCCUUGGGGGAUCUAGCGUGGAACUUGGUGCCAGAAAGUUUCAUAAAGUCUAUGUUUCAACAGUACAGUUCAAAACUUGUGCCCUUCGAAAUAAGUGAAGUGAAUCAAAGUACUGGCCUGGAAACGAACACGACAGCGCAGCGUUGGGUGCGUGGUUUUGUUGACAGGCCCAACACUUUGGGCCUUGUCCUGUGGAGUGUUCUUUAUGGACUCGGAGUCAGCCUCGGGGCUGUGGAAAUAUCAGGUUGUGGACACUUUGCGGACAACCUCCGUUCCCUCAACAGGGCCUUCACCAUCGAGGUUAAAUAUAUGUGCUUAUUGCCAUUAGCAGUGUUAUUCAUUACUGCAAACUAUGUUAUUGAGACUGAGGGAAACGUCAAAGAGAUUGUCUUCCAACUCGCAAAGUUCGUGGGUGUGGUUUUGUCUGGGCACAUGAUCCAUGUAUGUAUCGUCUUACCACUUAUCUACAUCCUGUGUGUGAGACGCAACCCCCUGCCCGUCAUUCUGGGGGUUUUACCUGCCAUGAAGAGGGCCCUGCUCAUCUCCCGCAACUCUGCGAUCGUGCUGACUUCACAAUGCUGUGAGGAAGAAAACAUGGUGGACAGGAGAAUCACCGGUUUCCUGCUGCAGAUCAGGAACGACCUCAACAUGGACGGAACCGCUCUUUGUGAUGUGGUGGCGGCGGUUUUCAUCAGCCAACUCAACCACAUCGAUCUGCACUGGAACCAGCUGGUUUUCCUUUGUGUGACAGUAUCAGCAUGCAGCAUUGGUGAUAUCGAGGUCCCAGCCACCGGAACAAUCAUCACAUUCUUCAUAUUGAAUGUUCUUGGGAUUCCUUCGAGAAACGCUUCCCUUUUGUUUGCAGUAGAAUGGCUGCUAGAUGCCUUCAACACUGCUGUCAACGUCCUGGGAGAUUGCAUCUGUGUGUCGGUUGUUCAGCAUUUGUCUGAAAAAGAACUGGGAGAAAUGAGCAGGGAAUGAGAAGGUGAACAGUAGUGUUGAGUCUUUUGGCUGAAUGGUGUUGAACCGGUGUUUAGUUCAUACUCUGAAUUUAGUUUUUUAUUGGCAAAACCCUGCCAACAAGGUCCAUUUUACAUGAGUUGUGAUCAUUAAUGCAAAAGAAUGCAAAGGGAAAGAGCAAAUCUGGAACUGCUGAAAAGACAUUAAGGUGGAACCACACCAUACUGACGUGAACAUAACACAAGUCUGAGACAUCAGGCUUAAAAUGUCAAUAGGAACCUCCAGUUAUCGUGUGGGCUCUUCGUCUCCCUUCCUUCUGUGUGACGUCCUGUGUGUUUUUGUAAUUUUGGCUUCUUAACCCGACACUCAAAGUGCAGAGGCUUUCUAGGAAGGGGACAUCAUGGGGAUUCGCAGCCGCUGCCAUUCUGUGGAUCAGCUUUAAUGCCCCCCUCUCGGGGUUCAGAGCAAUGACCUCGCAAAAAUGUAUUCAUAUACAAAGCAUCUAAGAUUUAAGAUGUUGUUGGAUUAUUUUCACUGAAUACAGAA